AUGUCUAUUUCAAAUUUAUUAGUUGGAAGAGUUGCUGUUGUUACAGGUGGAGCUAAUGGAAUUGGAAAAGCUAUAUGUAAUAAACUUAUUCAACAUGGAGCUAAAGUUUGUGUUGUUGAUUUAAAAAAAGAAAGUGCCAUGGAAGUUGCUGAAACAUUAGGAAAAGGAAAUUAUGGAUUUGGGUGUGAUGUAAGUAAAUCUAGUGAUAUUGAAGGAUUAAAGGAAUUUGUAUCAAAAGAUAUGAAAAUGGUGCCACAAAUUGUAGUUAAUUGUGCUGGAAUUACACAAGAUUCUACUAUUUUAAAAAUGACAGAAGAACAAUUUGACAAAGUUAUUGCUGUAAAUCUAAAAGGUGUUCAUUUAAUGACACAAGCUUUUGCUAAGCUAGCAGUAGCUAAUAAAUCUCCAGCAUCAAUAAUAAAUGUUAGUUCAAUUGUAGGAAAAGUUGGAAACUUUGGUCAAACAAAUUAUGCAGCCACAAAAGCUGGUGUAAUUGGACAUACAAAAUCAGCAGCAAAAGAGCUGGCAAAAAAAAAUAUUCGUGUUAAUGCUAUCAUGCCAGGAUUUAUAUCAACAGAUAUGACAUCUAUGAUGCCACCAAAAGUUUUGGAAGAUAUUUGCAAAGGAAUUCCAAUGGGGAAAAUGGGAAAACCAGAAGAUAUAGCCAAUGCUGUUAUUUAUUUAGGAUCAGAUAUGUCUGAAUAUGUUACAGGAUCUGUUAUUGAAGUUACUGGAGGAAUAUUUAUGUAA